CCAGCUUAGCUUGACCACUUCCUUCUCUGUUUUUUGCUUCUCUAAACUAAUAUUCUCAUUCUCUCUCUCUCUCUCUCUCUCUCUCUUCUUACAUUUUCUCUGCUAAUUCCAACUUUGUUCCACCUGAUGAAUCACUUCAACUCUGCAUUCUUGGCGUUUAUGUGCUGAUAUUUCUGAUUUUUGCUGGCUUUUUCUGGGCUUUUCUUUUUGUUAUCUGUCAUCCAUGAGGAACAGCAAUAAGCUUUGGCUCUUCUCCGCUCUCGGCUGUCUGUCCUUCCUUUUUGUGCUUGAUGUGAUUUCUGCAGCUGAUUAUGUACCAACCGAUAAGAUUUUCUUGAACUGUGGAGGUCCCCCUGACUCCACCGAUUCUGAUGGUCGAAAAUGGACUUCAGAUAUUGGGUCAAAGUUUGCCCUGUCAACCACCAAGUCCUCAACCGCCACAGCAGCUAUCCAAAAGCCAUCAGUCCCUGAAGUUCCUUACAUGACUGCUCGAAUUUUCCAGUCUGAAUUCACCUAUAGUUUUCCUGUCGCGUCUGGCCGCAAGUUUGUCCGUCUGUAUUUCUACCCCGCAUCCUAUAACGGCCUAAAUGCUUCCAAUGCUAUCUUCUCAGUGACUUCUGGGGCAUAUACACUUUUGAGAAACUUUAGUGCUGCUUUAACGACUGAGGCUCUCAACUAUGAUUAUAUAAUGAAGGAGUUCUCUGUUAAUGUCCCAUCCGAAGUAUUAAAUGUCACAUUCAUCCCCUCCCAGAAUGCAUCUAAUUCAUAUGCAUUUGUCAACGGGAUAGAGGUUGUCUCACAUCCUGAUAUUUACAGCACAGAUGGGACUGAGAUUGUCGUUGGUCAGUCCACUGGGUUCAAUAUCGACAAUCGCACAGCACUUGAGAACGUUUAUCGGCUGAAUGUGGGUGGAAAUGACAUUUCGCCAUCUGGCGAUACCGGUCUUUUUAGAUCAUGGCGUGAUGAUUCAAAUUAUAUAUUUAGUGCAGCAAAUGGAGUUACAGAGGUUCCUGAUCCAAAUGUGACGGUUGGUUUUCCUCCAGGAUCACCAAGCUACGUUGCCCCACUCGACGUAUACAGUACUCUGAGAUCAAUGGGUCCAAAUGCAUCUGUUAACCAGAAUUUUAAUCUAACCUGGGUCUUUAAUAUAGAUUCCGGCUUCUCUUACCUGGUUAGGCUCCACUUCUGCGAGAUAACCGACAUUAUUUAUAAAGUAAACCAAAGGGUUUUUACUAUCUUCCUGAAUAAUCAGACUGCUGAGCAGGCUGCAGAUGUGAUUGCGUGGGCAGGAACUAAUGGGGUUCCCGUUCACAGGGAUUAUGUUGUCGUCGUUCCCAAUGGGCCUCCCCAGCAGCUGCUUUGGCUUGAUUUGCAUCCUUACAUUGCAUUGAAGCCCCAGUACUAUGAUGCUAUCUUGAAUGGAGUGGAAAUAUUCAAAAUAAAUGAUACCACUGGGAAUCUUGCUGGCCCAAAUCCGGAUCCACUUCCAGAGCCACCAGCCGACUCCUCUAGCCAGUCUUCUUCUGCAUCUGGUAAAAAUCAUAAAGCUGCUAUUGGAGGAGGGGUUGGAGGUGGAAUUGCAGCAGUUCUUCUUGUUGGUUUGUUGGUUUGUAUUGUUUCCCGACGCCAAAAGCAGAAAAAGGAUUCUACCACUAGCGAUGGGUGGCUUCCCUUGUCUUUGUAUGGAAAUUCACAUUCUUCAGGUUCUGCCAAGACAAACACCACGGGAAGUUAUGCAUCCUCUCUCCCGUCAAACCUUUGCCGCCACUUUUCAAUUGCUGAGAUCAAAGCUGCGACUAAUAACUUUGACGAGGCUCUUCUCCUUGGGGUUGGAGGCUUUGGCAAAGUUUACCGUGGAGAGAUUGACAGCGGCACGAAAGUUGCAAUCAAGCGUGGGAACCCACUCUCUGAACAAGGGGUGCAUGAAUUCCAAACUGAGAUUGAAAUGCUCUCAAAACUUCGCCACCGUCACCUAGUUUCCCUCAUAGGAUAUUGUGAAGAGAACUGUGAAAUGAUCCUUGUAUAUGAUUACAUGGCUUAUGGAACUCUUCGUGAGCAUCUAUACAAGACCCAAAAGCCUCCACUGCCAUGGAAGCAGAGGCUUGAGAUUUGCAUUGGUGCAGCUCGUGGUUUGCAUUAUCUACACACUGGGGCCAAACAUACCAUAAUCCACCGUGAUGUCAAGACAACUAACAUCCUUUUGGAUGAGAAGUGGGUGGCAAAGGUUUCCGACUUUGGUCUGUCAAAAACUGGUCCUUCGCUGGAUCACACCCAUGUCAGCACAGUGGUGAAGGGUAGUUUCGGUUAUCUGGAUCCUGAGUACUUCAGACGGCAACAACUUACCGAAAAAUCUGAUGUCUACUCAUACGGAGUUGUACUUUUCGAGAUCUUGUGUGCCCGGCCAGCUUUAAACCCUACGCUUCCUAAGGAGCAAGUUAGCUUGGCUGAGUGGGCUCAGCACUGUCACAAGAAGGGCAUUCUUGAUCAGAUAAUUGAUCCGUAUCUCAAGGGGAAGAUUGCACCGGAAUGCUUUAAAAAGUUUGCUGAGACAGCAGUGAAAUGUGUAUCAGAUGUUGGGACUGACAGGCCUUCCAUGGGCGAUGUCCUGUGGAACCUUGAAUUUGCUCUGCAACUUCAGGAGAGUGCGGAAGAAAGUGGCGAGGGACUGGGAGGAAUGGACAUAGAAUCAUAUGAUAUUACAGGUGAGGGGAAGAAAGAUCCUGAUUCAUCCUCUGGUUUUGACGGAAAUAUGACAGAUUCAAAAAGCAGCGGAUUGUCCAUGAGUCUUGGUGGUCGCAGUCUUGCCAGUGAAGAUUCAGAUGGGUUGACUCCAAGUGCCGUCUUUUCUCAGAUAAUGAAUCCGAAAGGGAGGUAAUAAUCAGCGGAGCAUCGGUGUCACAGCCUUGGGUUCUACAGAUGACGAGCCACUGUGCUGUUAGUCCUAUUGACCAGGGAAAAGAGAGUUUUUCUAUUCUUAGUGUUCCUUUGUUACCUUAUUCUUAUUACUUAAUUCUAUUUCUUUGGCUGUGUUUUGAGCAAAACUUCCUACAAGUUGUAUCUAUACUAAGAGUUGUGUGACAAUAAUUUGUUCUUUCUUUUUCUGCCUAAUAGGGAUAUAUGAAUUCGUAUUUGGCAUUUGUUCCGAGAGAGUAGAAAAUAUUACAUACAUUGGAUUUGGCUUUGGGUGGUGAA